AUGCUGCAAGAAAGAGAGACAGAGCUGCAAAACAAAGAGCGAGAAAACCAGGGCCUGAAGAAACAAUUGGACGAGAGCCGAACUGCGCUUUCGGACAUGAGGAAGACGAUGGUCAUCGCAGGACGCAAAGAGCCUAAGCCAAUGGACGGUGACGUGGUCAACAAGUUCGUUACCCUCAAAAGUGACAUACUGCAGCUGGUGAGAGCUCACUGUAACGCGCCUAUAACCCCAAGCGGCGUCCGGCAAGAAAAUGUCGCACCUGAGUUGCCUGAACUGCUCGUUCGAGCCGAAGUCGCCCGUCACAUUUGGGCCAAUUUCUUCUAUUCCAACAAUUUGCUCUUCGGUUUCGACGACGAAGACGAGGACAACACGCUGAUGAAGGUGGAAUACAACUUUUUGAGAUCACACCAACAGACCGAAGGACUUGUGGAGUGGCGAAACAAGUCUAUCAACAUCAUCAAGUCGAUGACCAACCCUAACAGAUACAGGUAUUCCGACGAUUGUGCGACCAGAAUCUGGGACAAGAUCGAGGGCUACUGCCACCACGCAAAGACAGAUAAAACCGACAGAGAACAGGCAUGGCAAGACCUCAUCAGUAUUUGCCGAGCAGCCUACGACGUUGCUCUUUUGUUUCGCGAAACCAAAAUCGAAUACCAAUGGGAGCAAGACAAGGACCUUCUCCCUACCCUAGCAACCAACCCAGAUGACCACGAGAUUGUGGCAACUAUCGGACCGGACCCGAGCGAGAACCACGAAAUCGAGCGUAUCGUUCUUGACGAUCACCUCGGCCUUCUCUUAGACCUUUUUAUGCACCCUGCGCCCUCUGAAGCCUCCCAAAACGCGACUUCAGUAGAACAAACUCAGCAACUCCCCUCGCCUUCCACGCAGCAUGGACUUCCAGACAUUGAACAUGAGGCCUCUGGUGGCUUACUCUCCACGGGGAGCCCCAGAGAGCCGACUUCAGACCUGGAGGAACCCUCUGACAAUGUCUCCAUCCGCUCCGGAGGCACCCAGCGUGGACGGUCCUCCAACACCCGAUGGAUAAGCAGUCGAAAUAGUUCUUCUCAGGGUUCUCCUGGCAGUCGCAUCGACGAAUAUGAAAGGGCACACACACAAUACCGGAAACCAUCUGACGGGAUCAUCUUCCAAGUUAUCCCAUCUGCGAAGGACAAGGAUUCGAGGGUCUCAAUUGAAAACUUCCCGAAUGAGGUUCUCACCCACAUUCUCUCUCACCUGCCUCCAGAGACUUUGUCUUCGAUGAGUCUCGUGUCUCGGCGGUUUCACAAAUUGAUCACCACUCCGCACGCAUGGCGCAUCGCAUUUGCCAGAUACUUCCCCGGUGCAGAAGCGUUGGACGCUGGGCCAAGCAAGGCUGUUCAAGAGUCGAUCUCUGAGGUUGACAGAGCACAACGCAGGUCAUUCACGCGGUUGUCAGCCCUUUCCUCGUGGAGAAGCGAGUAUAUCCUUCGAACUCGAUUGCUUCGCUCCCUGGGACGUGGCCGCCCUGCCAUCGAAGCAAUCUCUCGAUCUGGCGCUUCCCGUCACGCCAGCAGUGCAGCUGCAGCUGCGGUCACUACCUAUGCCUCCGGCCUGUGGUAUCCGGUCAGCCACUUGCACGCUACAUUCGGGGUGGGCUUGAACAAGAAACAACCGCUGUUCAUGCAUGGGGCUGUGGAGCAAGGAGUUGUCUGUGUAAGCGACCCAGCCAGUGGGAAGCCAGGCUCUUGGGGGCUGACCGAUUUCAAUGCUUUUCACCACUUCGCUGAUCAGUUCCCGGGCGAAUUGCCUUACGGCCUGGGCCCUGGGAAUAUGGUUGGGAUGACCAAUGUCAUGGAUGUCAGUCAACCUUAUGGGAAGGUCUACGGGGAGGCUUGCCCUGGAGGACGCGUCUUUUACACUUCCACCAGCGAGCAACGGGGUCGGUUCGUGUCCAUCUCCUCGACGGCUAACCAUCAACUCGGCAUCCCGGAAACGACUAUGAACGGCUGUGCAGUCUGCUCCGUCUGGAUCGCCAAGUCCGAGUCUGUCCUCAAGGCCACCAGUGGCAUAUUCGGUUUCCUUGCAGGGUUCUCGAACGGAGUUUUGGCAGCCUACGCCCUCGGUGUGAACCCUGUCCAUGACCGCUGGUUUGAAAAGGGAGAACUUACAGCCAAGUGGGUUCUCUGCCCCGGUGUUCCAAUCAUUGCCAUCUGUGUCGAUGAGAGAGUCUCUGCUCGGAGAUUGUCUGCACGUAGAAUCUGGGCUACUGUCCUGAAUGCUCUUGGAGAGGUGUUCUACCUCACCGAUGCUCCUGCAAGGCCAGAUUUUGUCGGCAAAGCUUCAUCCGAAGAGCUUGAUCGACUGGCCUGGCGAACGGGGCGAAGCGUUCAGUGGUCAUUGGUCGAAGCUACACGACGAGUGGCGAAACCUGACCCCUUUGGCACGGCCAAGGUUGAUGGCAGUUACAGCCCCCGCAUCUCGAGCGAUGAAUGCGGCUUGAGCAAGGACCAGAUCGUUGCCGAGACCAAAGAGGUCGAAGCAUUCCUACGAUACAAACCGAAGCAUUUCCAGAGCAUCUGCAACGGGUGGGACAUGCAACGAAGACUGAUGAAUGAUUUUGCUGGCGACGACGGUGCCAAUGCAGGGGAGUCUGUCUUCGUCGUAGAAUGCGGUUUAUCUGGGAACAGCGGGGCUUCGGUACGCCGUUUCACGAGGUGCAUAACCAAGAUCACCGUCGACUCGGAGCUAGACAGCUGGCCGACCAUUCAGUCCACCAUCAAGCCGGCCUCGAUCUUUGGGACAUCAAGUUCAGCCCAACAAUCUCCGCAUUCCUCUCCAGGGCCGAGAAGUAUCCCUAGGUCGCGCACGUCCAGCCAGGAUGACAUUGUGGGCUCGAGAUCCAGGGAAGUGUGGCACAUUUCGAACUUCUCGUUUGCUGAACAUCGAAACAUCCACAUCUCGGCCUCGGCGUCUGACGAGUCAGAGUUUGCCACUUUGAACGUCAAUGAGGAUCCUCUGCUUGGAAUGUCCGGGGGCUCCAAUACUUCUUCCCCUCUUGCGUCUCCUCUAGGUCAUGCUGGGACUUUGAGCUCGAGCUCGGAGAUUCCGGGACACCGUGCACGGCUGUUCGGAAUCGGUACGAUGUCUGGUAUUGUCAUGCUCUGGGACAUGCGGGCUAGCCUCUCUCCCAGUCCCGAAGUUAUCAACACCGUCUCACCUCUCAGGGUUAUCUAUACCAAAUCCCCUCAGAUUGCAUCUCUUGCCCUCACCUCGCUGUACGUGGUGCACGGUGGUAAUGAAGGUCUAGUUCAAGCAUGGGAUCCUCUGGCAUCCACCACUGAACCAGUACGAACGCUCAAUUCUCGAUUUUCGGACCGAGCAAGAAGGCGCAUUGCUCAAGCCGAAGCCUCUGUGCAAGGGGUCGGCAACAAUUACUAUGCUGCAGGAGCCAUCGUCCUGGACCCGGAUCCAACUGUUUUGCGGGGUAUGGUCUCCUUGGGGUCUCACGUUCGAUACUGGUCUUAUAGCUCCACCGCCGCGGAUGCGUACAAGACGCGGAAGAGAGGUCAGCUCCGUCGCCGCUCAGAGCGUGGUAGCAAUUCUACGCCCGCCAGCCAGAAAGUCAGUGCUACAGGACGCGGAUUGAUCAAGGAUUACAUCAGCAACGAAAGGCAUGAAAUGGAACGGGAGAAGCUUGUCAGGCAGAAAGAGCUUGAGCGCCUGAGCGGGCGUUUUGGCACCAAUAUCCUGGGUGAAGGCGCCAGUGAAGAGGAGCUACUGGCUUAUGCCAGCAUGCUGAGCGAGGAGGCAUUUUCUAGUGAUGAGUUGAAGAGGAAGGAAGCCUUCGGUGGCAGCUCCAUUGCCUCGCCCAAGCCCUCGCAAAGCGGCGUAGAUCGUGCUGCUGACGCGGACCUGGAGGAAGCCAUCCGUCUGAGUUUGUUGGAAAGCGAGCAGGUGUCAUCUUCUCCGGCGAUGAGCGCCAGUGACUUCGACAUCCCCAUCAGAUAUACCAAAAGCUCCAGACACGGUACGCCUUCGAGAAAAGGCAAGGCCGGGGGCAGCAAAGCCCAAGCUGGAGCAGAAGAGGACGACGACGACUUGGAGUUUGCGUUGCAGUUGAGCCUGGCCGAGGAGCAAAGCCGGAUGGCCAUGGACGAAGACUUUCCGAUGCUUUCCAAAUCCACCAGUGGAGGUUCUGAGGGCAGUGGGAAGGGGAAGGGCAAGUCAAGACGACGUUGA